AACGUGAGUUUUAUUUUUUUAUCUCUUGUUUAAGAAAGAGACAUGGAGAAAGAAAUUAUAAGUGAGGUGUAUUUAGUGAUAUAUUCUAUAUCGAAGGACUUGUGUCUCGCUCCGAUAGAAACGAUAGUAACGCUAUUUACUAUAAAAUAUUGCGAGUCUCCAGUUAGCAUCAAUUUAAUACCGAGCAAGCAAGAUUUAAGCGAACAAGCGUACACGAUAGAUCUCACGAAUUUCGUUUACAAGAUUGUAAAUAUAAAUGAAAUACCUUACUACGCGAGCCUGUGCGAAUUACCGAUUGUCACUGCGAAUGACAGCUGCAUGGCUGGUUUGUGCACAGUAUUAAGACAAAUUGUAAAAAGCGCCCCAGAAUAUUCAUUGCAUACUACUAAGUUAUUAGGCUUUAAGGAUUCCUGUUUGAUUGCUUGCUCCGAGUCAAGUGUGUGGACAAAAUUUUGUGAGGUUGAUUUAAUUUUAACUCUGAAGUCUUUGGACUCAAAGAAUUUGGAGAAAUCUGUACUGCCCGUUAGCUUAGCUAGAUUCGAGUGUCACAUGUCUCAACCAGUUAGACUGCACAAUUUGUACAAGUAUACAAUGUCCAAAAAGUUCGCUGCGCUCGAUAUAUCUAAAUGGGAUAAGACAGAUCUGCCAGAACACAAGUACGUGGAAAAUGUGUAUAUUACGUUAUCUGACAUAAUUAUAUUUGUGUGCAUGCACAUUCUGCUGAAUAUGUUUCCGAGCCAGAUGAUAUCUGAGCUAGUACCACUGACUACCAAAUGGUACAAUGUAAUGUUAGCAGAUCAGUUCAUAAUGCGAUGUCUAAGCUGUUUACGUUCAUCAACAAGCUUUUCAGACGUUCUCCAGUAUACGCUUCCAGUUGUAGUAAACGAGAGCUUGUACAAGAAAGAUCCUAAACGAUACAAACCGAGAAACCGCAUUUACACAAAGCAAGAGGAUAUAGAACGUUCGUUGCAGUUGGUCGAAGGAAUGAAAAUCUUAAUGCAGCUCGACAUUGGACCAUUUGGCGCAGAGAUAAAUCUCGAUUGGUCUAAUGUCCCUUUUGAGGCCACACCAGCAGGCGGUUCAUUGCCACCUACGAGGCUGCAGCAAAAGCAAGAGCAACUGCAGAAUUUAUGCAAACCUGUUCUGAAAUUGGCGAAGGCGGGUAAUACUAUUGUGGAUUUUUGCUCGGGUAGCGGCCAUUUGGGAAUAUUGGUAGCAUACUUGCUGCCUCGUUGCACGGUUAUUCUGCUAGAAAAUAAAGAGGAGUCCUUAAAUAGAGCUAAGGAAAGAGUACGAAAGUUGAAGUUAACGAACGUCAAAUUUUGUCAAUGUAACUUGACUUUUUUUAAGGGUGAUUUCGACAUUGGCAUGUCAUUACACGGUUGCGGUUUGGCGACAGAUCUGGUUAUUCAAUGUUGUAUACGAAAAAAUGCGAUUUUCGUGAGUUGCCCUUGCUGUUAUGGCGCGCUGCGGGAUGGUCAUCAGAUAACAUAUCCGCAGAGCGAUGCUUUCAAGGAGCAUAUCAGUAAUAAAGAAUACUCAUACUUGAGUCAUGCAGCGGAUCAAACGCAUGACGAACGGAAUAUUAAGACUAAACAAGGUUACAGAUGUAUGACGAUUAUAGACACGGACAGAAAGCUGUUUGCUGAACAAUUUGGGUACAAAGUAUAUCUUGCUAAAUUAAAUCCAGAAACGUGUACACUUAAGAAUCACUUAUUAGUUGGUAUACCGAAGAUAAACUAAUAUAUGGCAAUUCAUAUGAUAAUUGAAUGAUUUUUGCAAAUAAAUGGCAUUUAUAUUGAGAACAUUCA